ACGCGUACGCAGAAAAAUGGGUAGCGCGACAUCGGUAUUCGCUGAUCAUAGGGUUAUAACUAUCAGCCCAAACCAUGACCCGAGGGAAACAAUAUUUUCAGAUAACCGCAUCGUAUCGAAAAAAUACACAGUGUGGAACUUCAUACCAAAGAAUCUCUUCGAGCAGUUCAGGAGAGUAGCGAAUUUCUAUUUCCUCGUAAUGACGAUCAUUUCACUGAUGAUAGAAUCCCCGAUUUCACCCCUGACCAGCAUACUACCGUUGAAUUUCGUCAUACUUGUAACCGCCUGCAAGCAAGGUUACGAAGACUACCUUCGUCACAAACUGGAUCAAAAAGUGAAUCGUGCGCUGGUCACAGUUAUUCGCAACAAGUGUACACAGAGCAUUCAUUGUUCACAAAUAGUUGUCGGAGAUUUGGUGAAAGUCAGCCGCGAGCAGGAUGUCCCUUGCGACCUCCUGCUACUUUCCACUACCGAGGAUUCGGAACGUUGCUACGUAACCACGUCGAAUCUAGACGGUGAAACCAAUUUGAAGACGAUAAUGAUCCCAAAAGUGAUUUCGAAGAUGUCCCCGUCGCAGAUAGUGUCAAUGGAGGCCACAGUCACAUGCCAGCACCCCUCAUCCGACCUCUACAGCUUCCAUGGCAAACUGGAACUUAAUAACGGCAACAGUGAAGUGUCCACUUGUCAUCUAACGAUCCAAAAUUUAUUACUUCGUGGAUCAAGGCUGAAAGACACCGAUCACAUAAUCGGUUGUGCAGUUUACACCGGUCACGACACUAAAUUGUCCCUGAAUUCUAAGAUCAGAUGCAACAAAUUCUCCACAGCCGAGAAGUCAAUAAAUAGGCAUAUUAUCAUAUUUAUCGUAUUACUGCUGAGCGAAGUGGUGGAAUCUUGUAUAAUGAAAAUAGUAAUGGAGAAUGCGAUGUCCUGGAGCUCGUAUUUGGGUCCCAACAAUCCGACCACUUUCUCAUGGCUGGUCAACGAUUUCCUCAGCUUCGUCGUUCUCUACAAUUACAUCGUGCCCAUAUCGUUGUACGUUACCAUAGAAUUACAAAAAUUCCUCAGUUCGUUUUUCUUCAGCUGGGACAUCGAAAUGUACGACGAGGCGACCGAGCAGCCAGCGUUGGCCAACACGUCCGACUUGAACGAGGAGCUCGGGCAAAUCGAGUAUCUGUUCGCUGAUAAGACUGGCACACUGACCGAGAACCUGAUGGUGUUCAGACGUUGCUCCAUCAACGGGCACACCUACAUGGAGAAAGAUUGCGACGGUCGUCUGUACAUGUUGCCUCCAAGCGGAAACGAGAAUGACGCUGUUAUGCUAACUAAUUGGGAGCCAGAGAUUUGGCAUUUCAUGAUAAGCCUGGCUCUCUGUCAUUCCGUUCAAAUCUCACCACCGAGCCAAAGACCUAGCGUGAUAGCGAAGCGAAAAGAAUUUCGCAGGAGCUUCAAGGAGAAGAAAGUGUUGCAGGUGAACAGUUCCCUGUUGAUGCAUCCGGAUUUACCCGAGUAUCAGGCAGCAUCUGCAGACGAGAAGGCUUUGGUCGAGGCUAGUGCCAGAUGCGGAGUCAUCUUCUGGAAGAGUAACAGCGACAUGAUAGAACUUAAGAUCGAAGGGAACACCGUUGCUUACGAGAAGCUCGAAGUCUUAGAAUUCACUUCUGAACGCAAGAGGAUGUCUGUAGUAGUGAAAGACGCGGCUGGAGAUUUCUGGCUGUAUUGCAAAGGGGCGGAUUCGAAUAUCUUGCCAUUAAUUGUCUCCGGGACAAUUAAUCAGGCUAUCGCGCAUGUAGCUGAUUUUUCCAUGCGAGGUCUUCGAACGUUGGUCGUUGGGUACAGAAAGAUGGAUCAGAUGGAGUACACUCGACUGGUACAGAGAGUAGAACAAGCCAGGCAAAUAAUUGGAAUUGAGAGAUUAAUUUACAUGGAAAAAGCGUACAAUAUGAUGGAAAGUGGUCUGACUUUAUUAGGCGUGACUGCUGUCGAGGAUCGCCUUCAGGAAGGCGUAGAGGAAACCCUCGAAUGUUUACAAGUCGCUGGAAUAAAAAUAUGGGUGUUGACUGGAGACAAAGCAGAAACUGCUGAGAAUAUCGCAUUUCUCUGUGGUCAAUAUAAAAGCGGGACAGAGGUACUUAGAGUGUUAGAAUUAUCCACGAAAAGAGUUUGCUUCCGAAGACUUACGACUAUUGAACGGAGGAUAAAGCUCGAACCUCACAAACAGUACGGAUUAUUAGUGGAUGGCUGCAGUAUUGCAACCGCAUUGAAGGAUCACCCGGAGCUAUUCAGAUCAGUUGCGAUGACUUGCGAUGCAGUAGUCUGUUGCAGGCUGACGCCGUUACAGAAAAGUGAAAUUGUAAGUUUGAUGAAGAAGGCAAAAACUGUGCCGCAUACCGCUGCCAUUGGCGACGGAGGAAACGACGUGUCUAUGAUACAGGAAGCUCACGUUGGAAUAGGAAUAAUGGGUAAAGAGGGUCGUCAAGCGACCAUGAGCUCCGAUUUUGCUAUAGCAAAAUUCAAAUACUUGAAGAAAGUUCUGCUGGUCCACGGGCAUUGGUACUACUAUCGAAUCAGCAUUCUAGCGCAAUAUUUCUUCUACAAGAACUUCAUCUUCAUCACGCCACAGUUGUUGUUCAACAUGACCUGCGGCUACUCUACCCAGGCACUCUACGACGCCCUGUUCUUAAUGCUCUUCAACGUAGUGUUCACAUCCGUACCGAUAUUAGCGUACGGAUUAUUCGAACAAGAUUACACCGCUGAGACGCUAUUGCGCUACCCGUACUUGUACAAAUUGUAUCAGCGCAACUAUUUGUUAUCAGGAAGACAAUUUUUCAUAUGGACUGCAUUAGCCUGUUGGCACACCAUUGCCAUAUUUUCUAUGUCAUACGUAUACAUAUACAUCAAUCCUGUUACCCUGUAUAAUAACACACCGACAGAACAGUGGUCGUUCAGCACAAUCGUCAUUCAUUUAGUUACAUUAAUAGCUAAUCUACAGGUAGUGUUAAGAAGCUCGUAUUGGACAGUACCUUUCACGUUAACGGUACUACUAUCAGAACUGUCGUUCCUCGUGGUAGCAUUCAUCUAUUCGCUCAUGCACAAGAGGUACGACGGAGAUAUGCUGAGGGUCUUUUAUAUCCUAGUGUCGUCUCUAACGUUCUGGCUGUUGACCAUAAUCGUCGUUGUCGCUUGCCUGAUACCAGACUACCUAGUCAUCAUAUACAAUAAUCACAGACCCACGCGAAUAAUGAGAAGAAACGAAGAAGUACGGCCCAGUAGAGGAAAUGCUGGCAACGAUAACACGGCGAACAACACACCGCUGCAGAGCAGGAGUCAGCGAUUGUUCAACAUGAUUUCGUGGAAGCAGAACUUCACGGUACGGAAGGCUGAAUAG